UGACCUCUACUACUACGGUACUGUUCUUGGUUUAUUUUCGCCGCCAGUUUGUGGCGUCUAUGUAUUGUAAAAUUGUAUAAACAGGGUAUUAUUUGGAAUAAAAAUCUCCAUGUCGACAAACAUUUGUUUCUUAGACAAUGUCUAAACAAGAUGAUGCCCGUAAAAAUGUAAAGGAUAUUGAGAGAGAGUUGCACUUCCUAAUUGUUAAAUUUCUAGAAAAUGGACCUUGUAAAAAAUCAGCAGAGAAUGUACGGCGCGAACUGGAAGAGUAUGGGUUGCUUCCAAGACGAUUUGAUUGGAAAGGCAAUGAGCAUUUGAAUAGCUUUGCAAACUUAGCUAGUACUUUAAGCCAUAUAAAGGGAGAUCACCUAUUGAAGGUAUGUGAACGUGUUGGGCCAUUGCUUGACCGUGAUGUAAAACCCAGUGUCGUAGGAGUUAAGUCGUUGCUUGGGGCAGGAAGGCAUUCGCUCUUACGGACAGCUGAAGAUGUGAAACCAAGGGCGUGGCCACUUUAUAUGCAUAGUGCCACAACCAAUCAAUGUCCCCUUUUUCCACCAAGAAAACUUGGCAGGGUACCAAAUAUUUGUCACGUUCUCAGUGGUCGUAAAAAUGUUGGCCAAGCGCGAACUUGUCAUCUUCUGCCGUUGGAGAAAUAUAAGUCAAUCUCGCAGCAUUUGCGAACGUUAGGUCAUCUUUCGUCAGUCUACUGUAUCUUGUUUGAUAGGAGCGGCAACCGAAUAUUCACCGGUGCCGAUGACCACCUGGUUAAGAUCUGGGGUAGUCAUUCGGGCCGACUUUUGGGCACGCUCAGAGGACAUGCGUCAGAAAUCGUUGACAUGCAUAUUAAUUACGAGAACACAUUAAUUGCUGCAGCUAGUGUGGAUAAAUUAAUUCGAGUCUGGUGUUUACGGACAAUGGCACCGGUCGCUGUGCUUCAAGGACAUACGGGCAUGAUAACGUCGCUCGAGUUUUCACCUUUGAAUUGUGGUCCAGUGCGAUACCUGGCCAGCACGGGAACGGACGGCUGUGUCUGCUUCUGGCAAUGGAACCCAGCCACGAACACAUUCAAUAACAGACCAGUUCGAUUCCUGGAGAGAUCAAGGUCAGGAGCGCAAAUGCUGUGUUUGUCUUUCAGUCCAGGCGGUACUUUUCUUGUGACUGGAAGCUCAGAUCAGUUAGUUCGUGUUUACAUGUUUGCUGGAUCAGGACCUGAGAAAAUCGCAGAGAUUGAAGAACACGCGGAUCGUGUGGAUAGCAUUGGCUUUUGCCACGCAGGUGAUCGCUUUGUUACAGGAAGUAAAGAUGGCACAGCGAGAGUGUGGCGUUAUGAACGUCAAGAAUGGAAAAGUAUGUCUCUCAACAUGUCCACCAGAUUGCAAAGCUCAAGGCAGUCAACGACAGAGGAAAGCAACAAAAUUAUGAAGAAUCGAGUCACUAUGAUUGGCUGGUCUCUCCUAGACGAGUUUGUUGUAACAGCGGUCAACGACCUCUCAGUCAGAGUCUGGAACUCAAACACCGGCAAGCUACAGUAUGAAUUAAAGGGUCACACAGAUGAAAUCUUUGUCUUAGAACCAUGUCCGUCCGAUCCGCGAGUGUUUCUAAGUGGUGGUCAUGAUGGCAUGAUCAAUCUCUGGGACCUUCAGACAGGUCAAAAAAUAAGCAGCUUUUGUAAUUCAAUAGAGGGCCAAGGACACGGUGCAGUAUUUGAUUGUAAGUGGUCUCCAAAUGGUUGGUAUUUCGCUUUUACAGACUCUCACGGUCACCUGAGUAUUCAUGGAAUGGGUUCCGGUGAGAACUAUAAAAAGGUACCAUAUGAACAGUUCUUUCACACGGAUUACCGACCGCUGAUGCGUGAUGCAAACAACUAUGUCCUAGAUGAACAGACGCAACAAGCUCCACAUCUCAUGCCUCCGCCAUUCCUAGUUGACAUGGAUGGCAAUCCUCAUCCACCCAGCUUUCAAAGAUUAGUACCUGGACGUGAGAACUGCAAGGAUACCUCAUUAAUACCGCAGAUAGGAGUAGCACCAAAUGGUGAGCCCGGCGUUAUUGGUGAUGUCCCACGCAAUGAAGACCAGCAAGCUGCCAGCAUAUUAGACACAUUAAUUAUGAGGAUGCAACAGAAUCAGAAUAAUCCUGUGGUGGAUGAGGACGAUAGAAAUCAACCAGGGCCAUCAAAUUUCCACCCAAGCACGCCUGGAAGAGACAGAAACAAUCAUGGCCCUUUAAGUCCGGCCGCUGUAUCUCCACGAGGAGUUCGGCGUAGUGGACACAUAGAGGGCGUGCGUCAGUCGACUGGUAACGUUCUUGUAAGCCAGCAAGCCUCUCAAGCGGACUUGUUGGCUUGGAGCAGAAGAGUAGUUGUACGAGAGCUUCCGCUUUAUGUAGCCAAGAGGCUGGAAGAAAAACGAGAGGCAUAUCGUGAGAACGAAUUAAGUAAAUUCAAAUCAGAGAAGAAGAAAAAGCCGAAUGUCUUGCCAAGGACUGAUUCUAUGGAUUCAAUAGAAAGACUUCUUAGAAAGAGAAAGAAAGGCUGCAAUAUUCAUAACUACCAAACAAGGUCAGCUCAAGAUGACCCUUAUUCAUUACCUGGUCCAGGAACUAACAAUAGCGGUGGAUCAGAAGAUGAGACUGGUAAUAAUAGUUUAGUGUUGGAGAGUUCAGAAGAGGAAAUGCAGUGGGAGAGCAGUAAUUCCAGUAACAGCGAUUCUAGUAGUGAGUAUUCGGACUGGAUCGCUGAUGCUGGGAUUAACUUGCAACCACCCAAACGGCGAACAAAUAGAGUAAAACUGGAGACAGAUUCAGAAACGGAAUAUGAAGCAAAUGAAGUCAAGAGAAAAGAGGUACCCCAACGAAGGAAAAAAGAAAAAAGAAAAAAGAAACCACUGCCACGAAGAGAUUUAGAAGGCCCAUUAGAACACAUGUUGCCUGAUGAGUACAAACCUUCGCCCUGGAUCACAGACUCAAUUCCAAGACGAUGUCCAUACAUUCCACAGAUGGGAGAUGAGGUCAUGUACUUCCGCCAGGGUCAUGAAGGUUAUGUAGAUGCAGUGAAAAGGUUAAAGGUCUAUCCUAUUGACCCCAAAAAGCAACCAUGGCAUAGGAGAGAUAUUAGGGAGCAAGAGCUUGUAAAAGUCGUAGGUAUCAAGUACACAGUUGGUCCUCCAACUUUAGUUGGUCUUAAAUUAGCAUUUAUUGAUCCAGAAACAAGAAAACCUACAGGAGAACAUUUUCUUAUAAACCUUAUUGUGCUGAACAUCCCUGAAGAAGUUGGUGGCAGUGUCCCAUUGAACGAUGAAGAACUCCGCCAGAUGUUGUACUCUCCAGAAAAUGGAGAGUGGGGCAAGAGAGACCAGGACACCGAAUGUGAUAGAAUCAUAGCUGGGAUAGAUCAAGUGUUACUCCUUAGCGAGGCAGAACCUUUUAGUACGCCCGUGGAUUUGGAUCAAUACCCGGCUUACGCUUACGUUGUUCCAUAUCCAACGGACUUAAAUAGCAUCAUGUCAAGAUUGGAGAAAAGGUUCUACAGGAGAAUAUCAGCAUUGAUUUGGGAGUUACGACUUGUAGAACAAAAUGCAAUAACAUUCAAUGAGAAAAGCAGCAUGAUUGUGAAGCAGGCUGAAAUAAUCACCAAAGUAUUACUGGAGUUCAUAAAUGAUGAUGGUUGUGAUGAUAUCAUGACGUUGUACAACCGGUUGUCAGCUGAUCAAGACGAAGAUGUUAUGGUUGAUGUUGAUGAUCUAUCGGACGAAGAAGUUGAACCCUCUUCAAGCAAUAAAAGGAAACGAGGUGAUGACACAAGUUCACAUAAACGGGUUAAAAUGGAAAAUCCAUGUUAUAACAGCAAGGCAUGGAUGCAGCAAUGUAAGGAGCUCUUGCAGUUUAUCUGGGAAAGCCAGGAUGCUGAGCCAUUCCGUUACCCAGUGGACCAGUCAAUAUAUGUGGAUUAUCGAGAUAUCAUUGACGUACCAAUGGAUUUGAGCACAGUCCGUGAUCAGCUGACAGCAGGCACUUACCUCAACCCGGCAGAACUGUGCAAAGAUGUACGCUUAAUAUUUACCAAUGCAAAGAACUACACACCAAGCAAGAAGUCUAGAAUUUCUGGUAUGAUAUUGAGAUUGUCUGCAUUGUGGGAGGAAAGAAUCCGUUCAAUUCAAGGAGAUUAUAAAUCGGCCUUGAGGUAUGAAAGACAGGUUGGAAGAGGUUUCCGAAGGAAAGUUGACCGAAAACAAGAAAGUUACAAUGAUGGGUCCACUAGCACGUCAUCUAUUUACAGUACUAUGUCCAGACGUCCUUCUCUUAGGUUUAAAAAUAAAAACAAAGUAAACCAAUCCAGUUCUCAAACACACUCCAGUAAAGAACAGACGAAUCAUGCACCUGUAAAGGAGGAAGAGGAGGAGGAGGAGGAAGAAGAAAAACCGCAACCACGUAUCAGGGUCACUCGCAGUAGUAAAACGGUUGUUCAUAAUGAUGAUGAUGAUGAAGAAGAUGAUGAUGACGAUGACGACGAUGAUGAUGAUGAUGAAGAUGAGGCAGACGAUGAUGAAGAUGAUGACGAAGAAACAGAAGUUGAAGAAAGUGAGGAGGAAACACCACAACCAAGACGGAUGAGUACAAGAUCAAGUGAUAAAAUAUCACCUCAAAUGACGAGAAGCAAAUCAAAUCCAAGUGCUUCAACAAAUGGAUAUAAAAGCCAGAAUACAGGGAGGAGAGGAAAUAAGAAAAAGAUUGAAGAAAGUGAAGAAGAGGAAGAAUCCGAUAGAAACAGUUCUUCAGCAUCAGAUCAUGAAGGCAAUGGUCAUGAAAGUGACACAGAAAGUUACAGUUCAGAUGAAAUAACUCAAACUGUUCAAAAGAAGUCAAAAACUGUGAAAAGGACACGGAAACCUGCAACAAGAAACGUUGGAAGGCGAUCCACUAGAUUAAGAAAACGAAUCACUUCAGCUGACUUUGAGUACGAGUUUCCUAGAAGUGCUAAAAACGUUCCAAAAAUGAGAACCAGAAAUGCUGCAAAAAGGAAUAUAGUUCGGGACGAUAGUUCCGAUGAGGAAAAUUCCUCGGAGGAGAACAGUAGCGAAUCCGAGUCAGAGCAAGAGAUUAUACCUCAGAGUGUUUCGAGUAGAGGGCGAGUUCGACGAUUAACCCCACGUGCAAGGGCAAGUUUAAAUGGGGACUAGUUUUUGAAAAGAUAAAAAAAAUUGUCUACCUCGUCAUGUUUUUGAGUGUGAAAGCUGAUUGAAAGUUAUUUGUUGAAAAGUUUCUUAUGAUUCUUUUCAUAAUUCAUGGACAGUUUUUGGAACUGUUUCGUAAAGUUUUCUUUUAUAAAAACAUUCUUGUAUAACUAGUUCUAAUGUUACUUCAUUUAAUGAUG